AUGUGCAUACGUACAUGUAUCAGAAGGGACCACCGAGGAUCUGAUAAUCCCGAACGAGAAGGACGAGAAGAUCGAGUACAACGUCAUCGAAGAGAACGAGAUGAGGCGAUGCCAACCGCUCAUACUCGAGUGCAGACCUAUUCUCUCGAAGAAGAACAACUGACGGCUGGAAUCGGACGGAUAGGAAGAUCCGGAUCAAUGCCAGCUUUGAUCGUCUUCGUCACUCACGUCCUAACAUCAAUCUAUGAAAAAGUCGACAUAUCGCACAUUUUGACGUCUUUUUUUCCUGUCACUAAGAUGAAAGCGUACCUUAUUUCUGCCUUCCUUCUACUUCUAGUACAACAUUGUUCGGCCAUCGAAUGCUAUACGGGUCUGAAACUUAUUGCCGGACAAUCUCUUGGAUCGGAAACGAUACAAUGUGAUAACAGCAACGCGUACUGCUACAACAUGACCGCUAAUGCUGCCAAUGUUGUCGACGUCUUAAAGGCAGGAUGCUCCUUGUGGCGAUGCAUGUUUGCACGAGAUAAAUGCAUAUCCACCGUAUUCCAAAACAUCCCGAUUAGCCUGUGCUGUUGUUCCACGAACAGAUGUAACGUCGGUGGAAGUGGCGGCUUUCAGUCGGUGCUUGGAGACAUAUGGAAGCAAGUGAUAGGUGGGUGGAAUGCGAAACCAGAACAAGGACAAAAUCAUGAAGUGAAGAAACAGUGGACGAAGGAUGAAGUGGCUGCGAAGUUCAGAUCCGCUGACCUAGACGACGACCAUCCUGUCAGCACUACACGAGGGAACAGACAUUCCACACAAGGGGAAAUAGAAAUACCAUAA